UUCAGAGCAUUUCAGAUUGCAGAAGCCUGCAGUUCAGUUUGUGAGAGCUUUGCUGUGAUAUCUUCCUACUCAAACCAAACCUGCAUCGAUCGCUGUAUUUCGGAAGAAAAUCUCCAUAGCUGGACGACUGUGGCGAGUCGUCAGUGAGAACCCAGCUAUGCAAGCCCCAAAUCAGGUGGCUCCUAGGAGGCCUACCCUUCAAAAGGACCCCAUAACAGUGGUGGUACUGAAGGCAACAGAUCCAGUUGAGUUCCCAGGGCAGAGGAAAAAAAAAGUGUUUCUUGCUACGGUGGCUACUUCCAAUCAAGUUUUCCAAGUGAAGGUUUUAAACAUCAAGCUGAAAAAGGAAUUCAAGCAAGAGAAUGUCAUUACCGUGUCAGGAUACAUUCGAUACAAAAAUGUCCUGGAGAUAAACGAAAGGUCGGUUGUGCAGAGAGCUCCUGAUGGCCGGAGGAUUGUGGUCCCAAACGACCUCUGGAUAAGAGCAAAAACCCCUCCCAAGAUCAGAGAUCUUUCCCAGGAAGAUCCGGGUAAUCUUCCCACAAUCGUGUCUGGAUUGUUUCUCCUGCAGAAGAAAAAAGAUAACAAGAAGACAACAGUCUAUGUAAUACAAGACGAUACAGGAACCAUGGAGGUCGUGGGGAGUGAAAUAUGCUACGGCAUCGAGUGUGCGGAAGGAGACACAGUUCGACUCUUCUGCUUUUAUCUGAAAAAAAUUAGGGAGAAUCUAAAACUGACAAGUGGAAAGUACAGCUUCAUGGAGGUCGUCAAGAGGAACGGACACAAACAGCAACCACGCAGUGUGACUUUCAAGCUGGACAUUGCAGUGAAGAACUCUCCUCUGAAUCCAUCGAGUGGCGUUAAUUGUAUUGUCAAAGUGGAGAAUAUCAAUGAAGAAUAGUCUCGGUGGAAAGUGGUCCAGCACAUUAAGAGCUCCUUCUAUCCGCAUGAUAGAUUUCAUUACUUCCUUCAAAACAGCAUUAGAUUAACAUGUUUUUAUGCACUUACCAAACAGAUUAGAUUUCGCGUCUAACACAUUUGUAGGACAAAAAAAAUAAUAAAAUUUGCUUUUUC